AUGACCGCUCGCCCAGCAACCCGUUCGCGCCCUGCGCGGACGGAAUCCCAGACAGAGCUAGACAACAAGGAAAACACAAAGAUUCCCGCCACAGUUGCAAAGGGGAAGUCGAAGCCGCGCGUUGCGAGUAAGGCUUCCCAAGUGCAUUGUUCGUGUCGAAAGCCAGAUGACGGAUCGCCUAUGAUCAGAUGCGAAGAAUGCAAGGAAUGGUACCAUUUUCGCUGCAUCGACCUGAGCGACAGAGAUGCGGAAGAUAUACUGGAAUGGGAAGGCGUCGACGGCAUGGAGCAAGUAGGAGAGAGGUCCGUAUCAGGAAGCCAGCCGGACGUGGGAGCUGUGGGAGACGCGGAGGAGGCUGUGAGCGAGAAAGAAAUCGAACAAUCGGAUACGGAGGAGGACAGUGGGGACGAAUAUGUUGCGGAAAGGACGAAAUCAGAGUCAUCGAGGAAGCGCCGUCUGCGCCGUGUUUCUGCGUCCACGGAUACGGAAUCCGAACCCGGACGAUCGACAAAGACAUCCCGGGCGGCAAAGAGAGUACAUCGCGGCAGCGUGACUACUCGUGAAGCAAGCGAUAAAUCGCAGUCGCACUCGCCAAUUCACAGUGGUGUCUCUAAACGCAAGCAAUCAACUACUUCUGAGCCGCCAGCGAAGCGGGCGCGGUCAGAAUCAGGAGAGGAUCCUACUAGGAAGUAUUGUCUGACGAAGUUCCAAGAGCUAUUUUGUUCUAUUUUCUUGCGAUAUCCCUUCUUACGUGAUGUCGAUCCUGCGUCCGGAGAAAACCGUAAUGGCACCGAGCCAGAUAAAAAAGAGGAGUAUCUCACAGACGAAGAAAAGGAGAAGGUGCAGGUAGCGGGGAAGCGAUUUGCGUUGGAGCUGGAGGAGUGCGUCCAUGAUAUGUACUCUGAGCCCGAUAAGUCGGGGAAACGAGUGGCCGCGGGUAAAUACAAGGAGCGCUUCCGAAUGCUGUCGUUUAAUUUAAGCAAACCUGACCGUGUCCUUCUCCACAAGCGCAUUGCUUCAGCCCACUUGACUCCCAAAGAGCUUUCUACUAUGUCUUCUACUGAUCUAGCAGAUGAGGAAACGAAGCAGUCGAUCAGACAGGCUGAACAAGAGGCGCUGGCACAUUCUAUCCUGAAAAAGCAGACUCUACCGCGGGCAAAGAUCACCCACAAGGGCAUUGAGAACAUUGAAGACGUGAACGGUGCUGCACAGCGUGAUAUCGAGCGUGUCCGUGAGGAAGAGGAGGAGGAGAGGAUUGAGAAAGAACGUCAGGCUCGAUUACGAUUGCAGGCGGAGCGCGCACGCUCUGCUAGUACGCUCGGUCAGGGUUCUGUUCCACCUGAAUCGCCUGUUGUAUCUCAGACAUCGAGCUGGGGUGCUCCCCCCUCGGUUCCUAUGCAGCCUCUGCACAUGGGUGAAUCUGCAACGCCGCCGAUGGCGGAAGUGGACAGGCCUGCGCCGAACCCUUCGUUCGUGCCCCCGGCCUCUGAUUAUACUGGGCCAGUGGAGAACGAGCUGAACCUGGCAGAUUUGAUCAACAUUGACGAUGAAUUUCCUCCGGAUGUCCCUGCGACGACCGUGGCUUCUGCCCCCGUCGUUGACGGUGUCGCCUCGACGCCCGUUGUUCCUGCGACACAGCCCCCAGCGAUGUCUUCGACAGGCAUUUCCCCGUUCGCCGCACCAAGUGCGAAGGGCGACCGCCCGUCUUUCGAUCUCAAUGCUAUCUGGACGUCAAAAGACACGGAUUCUGCGCUCGAGCAGGCCCACGGCUCCCAAUCGAGCGAACGGGCUCUGGUCCAGCCAGAUGCAGCCAUGGACAUGGACGUCCUGAACGGAGAAGCUGAUGACCAGGACUUUGACAUGUUCUUGGGCAAGGACGAGGACGAGAAAGGCCUCUCUCCGACACCGGACGACAGCCCCGAGGCGCAGCGGGCGGUUUUUGAGAUCCUGCCCAAAGUCUGGACGGGCACACUGAGCAUGCCGCUAGACGCGGCGGUGGCGCAAAGCGUUUCACUCACCGCCCGCCAAACGGGUGGGCGGACGCUGGGAGAUGGGUCGCCCCUGUGGCGCACCCUGUUCCCGACGCAAGAGAUGCGCAUUGAUGGGCGUGUGCCGGUGGAUAAAUCGGCGCAAUACCUCACGCAGAUGCGGCUCAACCCAUCCAAAGAAUUGAUCGCCGUCACAUUUUCUCCUGAUCCCGGUACAGGCGGCGAGAGCGCGGGGUUCCAGGCACUCGUCAACCAUCUGGUGGGGAAGAGCCGUCACGGCCUCGUCUUCCCGUGGGGCAACCGACCGAAGGAGUGGGCGCCAGGCCGAGAGCUGUACAUUGUGCCGCUGCUUUCAACCGACGCCAUUCCAGACUACAUGGAGCUCUUGGACGAUUUGCGUCUCCCAAAGUCAAGGAGUGCAAGUUACCUUGUGGGCAUCUGGGUUUUGACCAAGGGAAAACUCGCGCCGCCCCCGACGCCGCCCGCCGCUCCAUAUCUUCAGGUCGCGCCUCCUCCCUCUGCUGUCCCGCAGGUCCCGCAGGCUUCUACCUCCACCAAUGUCUAUCCUCAACCUCCCGCCCCAACAUCAUUGCCGCAGAGCUCGCCCGCCGACGCGGCAUUGGCGGCAGGGGUGGCGCAACUAACCCCAGAGCAGAUCCAGGCCAUGUUACGGACACUGACCUCGUCUGCUGUGGUGCCCCCUCAGCCAAUCCCGUCCGCCCCGUCCCACCAUCCCACGCCCCCUGUCCUUCUCCCCCAAGUUCAACAAGCGAUUCCCCUCCAGCCUUGGCUGAGCUCGCCGACCGGUUUUGCUCCCCCCUUCCAGCCCCCCGCUCCGUACCCCAGCACACAGCCCCCGCAGCCUCCCCACGCGUACACAGACAUCCCCCACGCUCAUUAUGAGCAAGACCGACCUCGUCCCCCGCCUCCGGGUUUCCACCACGAGCGGGACGGUGACAGAAGCCAUAGGAGUAGAGGCGGGGGUCGCAAUCGCGGCAGGAGCCGCGGCCGCGACCUCGACAGACCUCGCGACACUGGCUGGCCGAAGGGUCGAGGCCGUGGACGGGGUGGUAUGUCAAGCCCCCCGCGCGGCCCGGGUUGGAACGAGCAAGCACGGUGGAGCUGA